AUGGGCGAUCUCAAGGAGGUUUUCCGCUCCCUCCAAGAACUCUUCCCUCAGGUUGAUCAUCGUAUACUGAAGGCUAUCGCAAUUGAGCACCGUAAAGAUGUUGAUUCCGCGGUGGUUACUGUCCUUGAUGAAGUCAUGCCGUCCAUGGCUGGUUCGGCUGGAGCUUUGUCUACCCAUCAAGAAGUGUUGCCAUCUAUGGAUGAUUCUGUUGGGAAUUUGUUUGCUAAUCGCAGCACACAUGAAGUGGGAAGUUCAUCAUCUGCUGGACAUGAUAUACGUAUUGAUGAGGUUGAUGUAAGUGUUCAAUCUGCGCAACACACUUCUUCUGGGGAGGUCAAAAUUGGCAAGCAAGGAAACAUAAACAAUGAAUAUGUGGGAAGACUUCCAUCAAUCGAAGGGGUCAGUGAGCAACUAAAUCUACAUUCUGAUCCUAUCCCAAAUGGUGGUCAGCAUGAUUUGAAUCCCAACCUUGAUGUGCUAUCUUCAAAUACCAAUCCAGAGAAAAAGUUGGCUUACACAGAUAAUGAAGUUGGAUACGGUGGAUUGUCGAGUGAAUGUUUUUCUCAACCACCGACAGGGGAAGAUGGUGGUGAUAUCCCACAAUCCCAUGAUCAAGAUCCUAAUAAGAUGAUUCCAGUUGGGGAUUACUUUCCCCAGAACACUUCAAUGGAGUUCUUCAGUGGCUAUGAGGACAUAAAUUUUGAUGAUGACCUUUUGCCUCUUGGUUCUAAUGAUCAAAUAUCUUCUGGAAUUUUGGGUACUGAAAAAGAUUCUUUUGCGCCUGUGCUGGAUGUUCCUGGUCGAGAUAAAGAAGAAUCGUCCGCUGAGACUUCUGGAUUUGUAGAACAGAAGGACACCAGCAAUGUUGCGGAUAUGCUUCCUGAUCUUAAUUUGAAUCAUUUUGCUUCUACUGCUUCAACUCACUCAAGCCAUUCUGUUAGUAUUGAGUCUCUUGAGGAUUCUGUUGCUGAUGCCAGAAGCAAUAAGAAUGAUCUGUUACCUUCUCUAGAGUUGGUUACAAAAAUGAUAGAGGAUGUUGAGCUUCUUGAAGAAAAGGCUAAAGUAGCCAAGCAUGAAGCAUCUGUUGCUGGGACAGGCAUUCUGACCAAAGUUGAGGAGCUCAGAGAAAUGUUAACUCAUGCAAAGGAAGCAAAUGAUAUGCAUGCUGGCGAGGUUUUUGGUGAGAAAGCUAUUUUAACCACAGAGGCACGUGAGCUUCAAUCACGACUUCAGAGGCUUUCAGAUGAGAGGAAUAAAUAUCUGGUGAUAAUUGAAGAGAUACGCCAAACUCUUGAUGAAAGAUUGGCUGCUGCACAACAAGAAAUUGCAGCAGCCGAGAAAGAAAAGAUUGAAAAGGAGGCUGCUGCUCUGGCACUACUUGAUGAACAGGAAAAGACGAUGAAUUCUAUUGUCGAAGAAUCAAGAAAGCUGCAGAAAGAAGCUGAGGAGAACCUGAAGUUGAAGGAAUUCUUGGUUGAGCGGGGCCAAAUUGUUGAUAUGCUGCAAGGUGAGAUGGCUGUGGUCUUUGAGGACGUUUCCUUGCUGAAGCGAGUGGUGGAUGAGCACCUAUCAUUGAGCAAGUUGCAGCGCUCAGCUAUGUCGAGCCUCUCUUCUUCACUACAUUCUUCUCAUCACAAGAGCUGGAGUUCCUCGGAUAGGACUACCGAAGCUAUCGAGUCUCCAGAUAAGUGCACCCUUGUUGAACCUGCAAGCCCAGUGUGCAAAGAUCUGGAUGGCGACGAGUGCGCUGUGGAAGUGUCAGAUGGCAACGACGCUGGUAAAGGCAUUUUGAAGUGCGUGAAUUCCAAGGAGGAUGGGGAUGGAUGGGAGCUUUGCUGA